AUGACAUCAACGAAUAUUCAAUCCCUUCUCAGGUUCCUUACUGGUCCUGCAAAACUCCCUCUUCGUGAUGCCAUGAGUAAAGCAAAGCCUCUGUUGGCGGAUGGUCUUUCAAGUCCAGAUGAAAUUGCCAAAGCUCCACUGGACAAAUUGAAAGGGAUAUUUGCAGAUGAAAAGACUGCUAAACAAGUCCAUUCUGCGGCCAAACGGACGUCUAAAUCUUCGUCUUCAAAGAAACGCUCGUCGUCAUCUACUCAGGAAGAGGCAUCAUCACCAUCUUCACAAAAUGCCACAGGGAACACAUCCAUGAUAUCACCCUCAAAACGUCGUAGAACAAACCAAACACCAUCUAUAGAUACUUCAGACCCUCAAUCAUGGGAAACGGGUCUUGACCUUCCACCUCCACUCCGUGACGAGAAUCUAAUCUCCAUCACCACAAUAACUACCAACCGUGCCCCUCUCCUCCUCGCAUUCACAAUUGUAUCACUAACCUACACACACCCCUGGUUGCCCGCCAGUUCACGGUUCUCGCUAGCACAAGGUCUUCUAGACCUCACUGCAUCCUCAAAAGCCAAGAGCAUAGGAAUCACCCGACCAGAUGAUGCCAAAAACGACACUGUGGAAGAAGGAUAUAAAAAACUCAAGGUUCUUUCAAAGGAAAUCCCUAUCCUUCGUCGAUGGGAUACACCAAGCACCUCUACGACGUCGUCGUUUCAAACAGAAACUAGCCUUCAAAAGCAGGAGGUAUCACAUAAGCCCGACAAGCCACCUUCAGAUGACGUAAAAUCAACUAGCAUAGACCUUGGACCCUCUGCAAGUGCGGCUGGUGAUGUGUCUCCUUCUCACCCCUCUUCCUCCUCUCCAUCAGUCCCUCCUGUAUCUAGAGCUGCAGGCACAGCUGCCGGCAGCUCCACAUCAACUCUAUACCCCAACGAGCCAAUCUACUGGUCCCUCUCUCCAAGCCUCCUCUCCCAGCCGCCCACGGCUAGUAAACUAAACCCCUCAGCCUUACCCAUCCAUCUUCCGCAUGCAGCACACUCGUAUCUGACCCGUUCCUUCUCCCAAGACAAGCUUCCUUUACUCCUGGGAGCUCUCCACCUCCUCUACGAAAGCUGGGUCAACGCCCUGGACGCUGUCGACCUAGACCGUAAAAGCUGGAGUUGGUAUUGUAGUAUCCGUCCAACGGUUGAAGACGGUCCGGAAGGGUGGGGAGGGAAGGGGCUCGUAAAACUCAAAGAUAUACUAAGUCUGAGGCAUAAAGGCGGGGUAAAUUUAAGAUAA